GUCACAACGGAGUUGUUGGCUUCCUGUUGCGGAAUCUGACCGGUCCGCGCCGCUUCGCCGUCCCGCAUCAUGUUCAGAGCAGCCGCCCGCCUUUCUUUCUCCGGUUUUCGGAGUUUGGCCCAUACGAAACCGGGGUGUAAAGCUCUGUUGGCCUCGAGGUGCUAUUCACACGGGAAACAAGAGACAGAUGAGGAGUUCGAUGCCCGCUGGGUUACCUACUUUAACAAGCAAGACAUUGACGCAUGGGAGCUGAGAAAAGGAAUGAACACGCUUAUUUGUUACGAUCUGGUACCUGAGCCAAAAAUUCUUGAGGCAGCACUGCGAGCUUGUCGGAGGUUAAACGACUUGGCCAGUGCAAUCCGAAUUCUGGAAGCUGUGAAGGAUAAAGCUGGCCCGCACAAAGAGAUCUACCCGUACCUUAUUCAAGAACUGAGGCCAACAUUAGACGAGCUUGGAAUCUCCACACCUGAAGAGCUCGGAAUCGACAAAGUAUAAAUCCAGUGAGAGCUGGAUGCCCUCCGAAUGCAGAAUCACUGUACCUUCAUGUUUGCCUCAUCCGUCUGAUAUUUAAUUUGACCUUUUUGUUCUUUGGCUUGUAAAAUAUGAAUGAACUUAAUAAAGGAAAGUAUCUGUAAUGCGUGAUAAAAGUACUUCAGAACACUUAAAAAAAAUAAUUGUUAUAAGUACUCCUCGAAGGGAAAGGGAGAGAUACAGUCCAAACUGAUUUGAGAGACUGCUCUUGCUGGCUGCGCUUGUGUGGCUCACUUUUUGCCGCCUGGGGGCGGCGUUUUCACAUGUUGACGCAAAGCCAUUCUGUUGCAUGUGCUCAAUCUGCUUCCAUUGCAUAGAUUGUACAUGAUCAUAAAAUAAACGUGUUCAAACGGCA